AUAAUUAAUUGAAAAGAGAGAAUUGCUACCCAAAGAAACUUUGUCAAUUAAAUUUUAGAAAUAAAAUUACUCUUGAUUAAGAUAUAAGCAUUGUUAAAAAAAUGCAUAAAUAUACACAUGGAAUUUUUAUUUUAAUCGUUUUUGCUUGCACUUUGGAUAAAGGCGAAUCGGAAAGAACAAAGCGAGCGGCUAGAGACUGUAAAGACAAGUUUAAGGUGAUAGACAACCAUUCAGCUUGCCAAUGGAGAUCUCCUGAUGUCCAAAGUGCAGGUGUUAGUGAUGCUGACAUUCAAGAGAUACUAGACGAGCAUAACAACUACCGUAAGAGUGUCACCCCAGCGGCUUCUAAUAUGUUAAAAAUGACAUGGGACACUGAGGUAGCGCUAGUGGCACAAGCAUGGGCGGAGACCUGCUCUUUUAGUCACGACGAAAGUAAAAACAGAAAUAUUCCAGGUCGGCUUUCUGCUGGUCAGAAUAUUGGUACAGGUUACCUGUCUUGGAAAGCUGCUAUAAAAGCUUGGCAUGACGAGGUUAAAGAUUUCACUUACAACGCCAACAAUAAGUUCGAAAAAGUUGGACAUUACACACAGUUAGUUUGGGCGACUUCAAAUAAAAUAGGAUGUGGCAUGGCCAAUUGUAGAAGUGCAAAUUUUCACGUUUGUAACUACUCGCCUGCAGGUAAUGUAGAUCCUAUAAACCGGCCGUAUAAAUCAGGUACUAGAUGUGGUGAUUGCAAACCGGGUAACGAUGGCCUCUGUGAUUGUGGCGACAUGGUUUGUGAGAAUGGGGGCACUCUCGACCCGGGCACGUGCAAGUGCUCGUGCAAGAGAACGUUUAAUGUCGGCGAUAGGUGUAAACUUGAUUGUCGAAACCUGACAGAACCAAGCGAAUGUGGUAGUGGAUCCUAUGAUGCGAGUGGUUGUGUGAGAUACAGUUCUACUGUACCUUUCAACUGCCCCAACACCUGUAAUGUAUGCCCUACUGGUGGCUUUAAUUACACAGAAGGGUCUAGUCCUGUUGGCAACAACGGAGGAAGUGGAAAUUAUUAUGGAAUCAAACAUCAGCUUGCUGUGCAUUAUUUUGUUUGGACACUUUUUUCUAAAAUACAUUCUCUAUAACUAGAUCUAGUCUGAAAAGAAACUUCGUCACACGUUUAAGUGUUUAUGCAGUUUGUGUGUUUCUCUUUUUUAAAACUUGUCCUCGUGUCAUAAUAACUUUUUGUGCGUUUUGCAUGUGAAAUGUAGCAGUAGCAGACGACAGUGUUGCAAAAGUUAUAAAUUGUGUAACAAAAGAUUAAGGUAUUAAAAUUAUCAUUAU